UGUUACCAAUAUUGCAGUUAAGAUAGAGGAUACUGUGAAAGAAAUGAGUGGUCCUAUAGACAAAACGCUGCCAACUCACAAAGACUUAAUGUAUAAUGUAAAGAAGGAUUUGUUAGAUACACUAACUGACAGACCCACAACUACAGCACAUACUCAAACAACAACUGGAGAUAAUUCAAACCUCAGAAGGCCAAGUGAUGAUCCUCUCAGAGUACCUCCAAGACCUAUGCCUGGUGCAACACCCGACACUCGUGAUUUAUGGGAAUUACCUCCAGCAAAUUUACCAAACAUAGGCAGAUCAGAUUUAGACCCCUUUGCACCAGCCGGGAGAGGAAUGAUCUUCAAUCCGUUUGGACCUUGCAGGGAUAUUGAUAAUCCGGGUCUAGGAAUCCCUGGUGGCUUACCCAGGGGUGCAGUACCACCUGGCGCACGAUUUGAUCCUUUUGGGCCUCCCGGUGUCGGACCACUAGGAGGUCGAAGACCCCCGCCUCCAGAUGCUGACCAUCUUCCACCACCUGGAUUUAAUGAUAACAUGUCUAUGUAGCCAAAAAGCCUUCUGUGCA